AUGGCUGCCUUUGACACGCCGUGGACUACCCAAAUCUCACCGUCCGCGCCCAUGAGCUCACGCGACGGAGUUAGUGGCGCGUCACCGCCCGAUCACCUCACCUCGUACCUCUCCGCGCCACCCACGACCGCCGCCUUUUCCCCAGCGACCCUCUCGGCAAGCACGCCGUCACGAUCAGCCCGUCGCUCGACGAUCCUCGUGCACCAGAAGAGCCCGCUGCUCCUCGCAACCCCACCACAGAUCACACGCGCGCUCGCCUACUCGCAUCCGUUCGUACUGCCGCUCAACACCUUUUUUGGGCUGUUGACAUGGAGCACUGGCGAUGCCUGGCAAAGCUUCCUCUUGCUGUGCGGCUUCUGGGCGGUCGUGCUGUACGGCGAUGUCGUCGUGCGGUGGGCGGGGCCGAUUGUCGUGGGCAUGGCCCUCAUCGGCGGCAUGUACGGAAGGAGGUACAGCCCGCUCAGCAGCAGUGGAUGGACCGAGCCAGCUCGCGACCUAAAGGACUCCGUGGCACAGGCAGCCGCAGCAGCAACAGGGAGCACGCCGUCGGGAGCCUCGGCGGAGAAUGGUACCCCGGAUCGACAUGGAAAACACUUGCGCGGUAACUCCGAGGUCACAAACACGAAACACCAGAAAACGCUCGACGAGAUUGUAGAGACGCUCAAGGAGCUGACGGCGAGGUGCAACGCACUGAUGGAGCCGCUCUUGGAGAUGACGGAUUUCCUGAGCACACAGCGCACACCCACGAGUGCGACGACGAAGCCGGCCCUGACCGCCAUGUUUGUGCGGUUGCUUAUCGUGACACCCUUCUGGAUCGCGCUGGCGGCACCACCGUGGCGGAUCGUGACGACGAGGCGGGUUGUGCUUGUGGCGGGCACGAUCGCCUUGACGUGGCACGCGCGGGUGAUGCGUGUCUCCAGGACGAUACUAUGGCGCAGCGGCAGUGUGCGACGGCUGGCCUCUGCCAUCACGGGCUUACAGUUCCAGGCACCGCAGCUUGGCAAGGACCCGUACGGUGCCGCGCACGAGUCCUUGACGACUUUACACAGGAAGGGGGAGUCGGAACUCACGAGGGAGCUGCGUCGGCCUAGCCAGAUGAAUGUGAAGCAUCGGAAAGGGAGGAGCUCGCGAAGCGCCGGCGUCAAGUUCACAUUCAUCAUCUACGAGAAUCAGCGGAGAUGGGUCGGCCUCGGUUGGACAAACAGCCUAUUCGCAUACGAGCGGCCGGCGUGGUCAGACGAGAACUACAAUGCAGUCCCUCCCAAGGACGAUUUUGAGUUGCCGGAUGUCGAGGACGGGGCAAACAUGAGGUGGCGCUGGGCACCCGGCAGCCGAUGGAAGGUGGAUGGUGUGGCUGACGACCAAGGGCCAGUGGACUAUGAUGGGGAAGAGGGGAAGAAUGGAUGGAUCUACUACGACAGCAAGUGGCAGAAUGGCCGUCGAGGCGCAGAUGGCUGGGGGCGAUGGACACGCCGGAGAAAGUGGUAUCGCGAUGCCGAGCUCGUCGAGGCGGACGGGCCUGAGAUCCACGAGCAGCCAAGCACGCCCACGGCAUCCACGGCAUCCACGGCAUCCACGCCAGCCGCGCAAACCAACAAGUACCCCACGGCGGGGGAGAAGAUGCUCUCGCCGAUGCGUUCUGAGCCAGCCCUGCCCCUAAUGGACACCACGGCGGCGGAGAACCGCCCAAGUACCUCCGACUCGAAAGACUCGCGCACUGGUGUCGACGACGCGGCGUCGGUGUACAGUACCUCCUCCAAGUCCUGGGCUGGGCUUUCGGGGUUUAGAAAGAAUCGCCCCGGGUCAGUCGAUAGCAAGCGUAGCAGGAGACGCGCCACGAGCGAUGUGCUGAGUGAGGAGGAGGAGGACCACUUGAGCGGCUUGGGGAUCGAGGUGGAGAUGGAGCUUCAGAAGCAGGGCAAGGACGGCGGGACAUGGGGCAUUGGCGACGAGGCGAGGAUGAGCCUCGACUCAGUCCAGUCCAACAUGUCCAAGUCGAAAGCUCCCCUCUACCUUGGCCUUGGUGCCGCCGGCGGUGUUGGUUACUACCUCUACAAUGCGGGCGGCAACGCGAAGGCUGCCGAGAACAAGUUCGAGAGCGAUGUCCACAAGGCCUCUGCCAACAUCAAGGCCAGCCUCCCCGGCAACGCGCCCAACGCGCAGCAGGAUGGCGCGCACUACGGUGCCAAGGCUGGAGCCAAGGUCGACGAUGUGAUCUCCGAGGCCGACAAGCAGGCUGGCCGCGCCAAGUCCAACGCCGAGGCCUACGCAAAGGACGCCAAGGCCGAGGCCCUCAAGGCUGUCGACAAGUUCGACUCCAAGGUCGAGGACGAGGCUGCCAAGGCCAAGUCUGGCAUCUCCAGCUGGUUCGGUGGCAGCAAGUAA